GCACUCUGGAGAGAGAGGAGAGGGAGGAGAAAGUCAACAGCAACCAUGAACCAGGCCAGUGCAUUAAGGAGGAAGACGUGAAUGGGCAGUGCAGCAAGAUCCUCAACAGCAAGCGCUUCAUGCUGGACAUGCUCUAUGCCCAGAACAAGACCACUGCCGACGAGGACGAAGAGAAGGCGGGAGAGACGGAACAGACUGAGAAAUGCAAAGAGGGGAUGGAGACGUCAUCACUGGAGGGUCAGGACGGGUCGUCGGUGGCCAGCCUAGCCAGUCGUAUCUCUACACUUGAGGCCAGCAGGCAGGCCUGCGAGGAGAAUGUCAAGAAGAUGGAGGUGCAACACCUGGAAAACCAGGGGAGCGUCAGGGCCGUGGCCGAGAAAUUUGGAGACCUUGUUAAAAGCCUUGUGUCGCCUCACGAGCUGGAGGCAUUGGAGAAGCAGCAGCAGGGCCAGCUUCAACCUGAUAAAGACAAAGCUCCUCCGGCSCCGUCCUCCUCUCCCCUACCUCCGAAGAAGGAGUCAGAUUAUAUCUGGGACCAGCUGAUGGCAGCCCCCAGGGAGCUGCGUAUUAAAGAGAUGGACUUUACAGACCUGGCAGACGAGGAUGAUCUGGACAUCCUAGACGUGGACAGUGUGCUGAUGGGCUCCAGUGACCUGAUGAUCCCUCCCCCUCCUCCCUGUCUCUCCGCCCUGCCCCCUCCCCCUCCCCUGGGCCUGUUUGGCUGCCCCCCACCCCCUCCUGUCCCUGGCAUGAUGCCCCCUCCCCCGCCCUUCAUGCCCCCCGGACCCGCCCAGCCCUACCCGGGGUCCCCCCAGCUGAGCCGGGGGACAGGGGAGCCCCCUCUGUUCCAGAAGAAGAAGAAGACUAUCCGUCUCUUCUGGAACGAGGUAAGGCCCAUGGACGGCCAGUACAGGAACCACAAGCGUUGUAGAGAGUCUCUCUGGUCCAAACUGGAGCCGGUCAAAGUGGACACGUCCAAGCUGGAYCACCUGUUUGAAACGAAGUCCAAGGAGCUGCCUGUUACCAAGAAAACAGCAGUGGAUGGGAAACGACAAGAGAUUAUUGUCCUGGACUCCAAACGGAGCAAUGCCAUCAACAUCGGGCUGAGUCUCCCCCCUCCCCGCACCAUCAAGACAGCCAUCCUCAACUUUGACGAGUACGCUUUGAACAAGGAGGGGAUCGAGGUAAGCUGCAUGUGA